AUGGCCUCUCUCUGGUACUGCUGCGGAUGCAACUUCGGCCCUCACAAUUCGAGCCUCUACGGUGCCUGUAUCAGCUGCGGAGACGAACGAUGUGCCUUCUGCCCUGAGGAGAAGUGCUACGAUAACUUGCGCCUGAACGCCAACACUCACACUCACACCCACUGCCACGAGGCAUCACCUUACCCGUCUACUGUUGCUGUCGACACUGCGCAGACCCUGUCUCUCAAUACCAAGAGCACGCCCAUCCCUCUACCAGACCUACCUGGCAUGCGCCCUCUUUCUCGAUUGCGCCAUGCAGAUGCGCACGCCUUGCCCCUUGGUGGCACUGCAAAGGUAUACAGCCAUGAUAACUUGUAUAUCUGCUGCAAGUGCAAUGACGGACCCAAGCUCUGGGAUAUCCAGCCAAGCUGCACCAGCUGCCACCAUAUUGCCUGCUCUGACUGCACCUAUGUGAAGUGA